AUGGACCCCGGGUGCGUUGGCAAUGUCAUGGGCAGUGAUGGUGACCCCGGGGAGUCACAGGCAUUGAAUGUAGCCAGGACUCUGGAGGGCAUGGGGUGUACAGUGUUCUAUGAGAAGCCUCUCACGACCAGUGAUGCCAAUGGGUCAGGGAGGGUGGUCAUACCCAAGGCAGUAGCAGAGCAGUACUUUCCACAUCUGGACGACCAAGCAGGGGUGCCCAUCGAAGCAGCAGAUACGCUGGGCAAUGCUUACACAUUUCGCUUUAGGUUUUGGAUAAACAACCAGAGUCGUAUGUACCUCUUGGAGGGUGCCAGCGAGAUGCACCAGCGGUAUGACUUGAAGGUUGGGGAUGUAAUGAUAUUUGCCCACAUGCCUGAUAGCACCCUAAUUGUCGCAGGCAGACCCAUGACCGAGGCCGACAUCAGAAAACCCCCACUGAGAAGAGUUAACAACCCACAGAGCGGUGUCAAGAGGGACUUGGUAGGCCAAUGGACUGCCUCCUCUGACUGUGCGCUGUUCCCGUGGAAGAAGGGAAGUGACACAGGCACUGGGCAAGACAUGCACUGGGCAGUCAGCAGAACGUGUGGAGUUGCCCCAGUUUGUCCCUCCGCUUGCAUCACAUAG